GUUUUAUUUUCUCUACUUUACAGCAAUAUUGAUAGUGUGUGACGGUCAUUAUGGCACGUAUCAUAUAUCGGUGAACAUCAUCAGUUUUGAAAUCGACUCAGUUACACGAAGGGCGUUGCGAAGUGCGCAGUGUCAUUGUGUUUGUUAAGUUACAUAAAAUUUCUCAAAAUGUUUUCUUGCAUCCAAGUUGAGACUGGGUGCUUAGUUUUUGCUAUAAUAAGCCUGUUAGUCACGUCUGUGGGUUGUGUGGCAAGCGUCGUCCUAAUGAUCUACAUAAAUAUCAUUUCAUAUAUCUAUACAGAACGGAUGGCUAUGAACAAUGAAAAUGUUGUAACUUUUUAUUCCAAUGUACACAUUAUUAUUUUCUUAUCUGUGCUGUUUGGUAUCAUGGCUGUUUCUCUGGCCUUCUCCAUAAUUUUGACCAAAGGACUCAUUUCGAGAAAACCUCAUCUUGUAAAUGCGUACUUUAUAUAUGGCGUGACUAAAAGCAUUCUUUGGGUUCUUGGAGUUCUCUCAACUCCGCUGAUUUUUAAUACUAGCUUCUGGAUAAUCACUUUCAUUGGAUGUUUAAAGAAGAACAUAAUAAUAAAAAAAUAUAAAGCACAAUAUUUUAAAUGGCGAGUUCUGUUUAUGUUAAACAAGGAAACAUUUUAGGAACAGUUCUGAUCUCAUGACAUGACAAAAAACGAAAUGUUAUCAUAGCUUCGCUAUGUAUAUUUACUACAAUUUCAACUAAAGUUAUAAAUGAUUUGUCAUAUCUCAUUCCCAUAGUAAUUAAAUAAUUUU